AUGGAGAUGCGGAUGUUAAGGUGGACGAUAGGUGUAACGCUAAAAGAGAAAGUAUCCAACGACACUGUACGUUCCAUUUUCGACGUCGUCCCGAUAACUGAGAAGAUGAAGGAGGCGCGACUGGGAUGGUUUGGUCACGUCUUGCGGCGGGAGGAAGAUUCUGUUGCCAAAACCGCUCUGAAGCUCGACGUUUCAGGAUUGAGACCGCGUGGGAGGCCAAAGAUUAGCUGGUUAGACCGUGUGAAGCUGGAUAUGAUAGAUGCACGUUUGUGUACGGCUGAUGCAAUGGAUAGAACCAAAUGGAAGACAAGAAGCAGAAAAGCGGACCCUGCAACAACGCGGGACAAACGCUAG